CAGCAGCACCGGGCACAAAGCUGCACGCGUCCACCGUGAGAUAGACUUCGACUUCUCAGUCAUUCAUGGCCUGGAGACGUGAGCUGCGUUCAAGCCCCUUGUGGCACCAUCAAGUUUAAAACAUACCCAUUUGGAGCAUCUCAAGAAGGGCACUUCAUUGGAAGGCAGUGACGCUAGGAGAGCACAGCAGACCCCGGGAAGUCACGAACUGUCGCUGAGCGCUUUAUUCGGAACUUCUACUUUGAAUGGACGUCUCUCGCCAGUUUUAACCCGCACGCAAUCUCCCAAGCUGCAGAAAGUGGCAGAGGAAGCCCACCUGAGACAGCCCGCCCUCCACCCUCCUGCCAAGUGUCCCACAUGAGCCGCACUGUACACCUCCCGCAGGACACCAUGGACAGCACUCUGACCUGUAACUCGACCACCUUCUCCCAGGUCUUCGGACGCCAGGGCCAGCUCAUGCAAGCGGCUGUACAGUCACUGAAUACUCUCAAUGACCAGAUUGCCCACUUUAUGGUGACGAGACCAAAAGCAUUUGAUGAUGAGCCAGAUGGCUUCUUGCCCAGUGAAAAGGAAACCUUGAAGAAAUCAAUGACCCUAAUGAGACAUCUACUGAUGGAUGCACAGGCCAAAAUCCUUAAAAUGAUGGACGACAACAAGCAGCUGGCUCUGAGGAUCGAUGGGGCAAUCCAGUCUGCCAGUCAGGAGGUGACAAACCUACGAUCAGAGCUGACAGCUACCAGCAGGAGACUGGCAGAGCUGAGCGUCACCGAGCCCUUGAUUAUGGAGAACAACCAACAUAACACUCAAGACCCUUCUGUUCACCAAAGGCAAAAGACAGAUUCAGAAAUUUGCUUCAAAUCAGAAAUCAACAGCUUGAUGGAUUUCAGCACUCCUGACUCAUCUCUAGACAAAGUGCUUUUACGAGAGGAGGUGGCUCAGCUCCAGGAUGAAGUGCACCUGCUCCGUCAGAUGAAGGAGAUGCUGUCCAAGGACUUGGAAGACUCACACGGAGGCAAGUCAGCUGAGAUCCUCUCUGCCACCGAACUCAAGGUGCAGCUGGCGCAGAAAGAGCAGGAGUUGGCACGUGCAAAGGAGUCCUUGCAAGCCAUGAAAGCAGACCGGAAACGCUUGAAAAUAGAAAAAGCAGAAUUAGUAAACCAAAUGCAGCAGCUGUAUGCAACACUGGAAAGUCGUGAAGAGCAACUUCGGGAUUUUAUACGCAACUAUGAGCAGCACCGUAAAGAAAGUGAGGAUGCAGUUAAAGCUCUCGCCAAGGAGAAGGAUCAGCUGGAGAGAGAGAAGUGGGAUCUUCGACAGCAAGCCAAGGAGGCAACUGACCAUGCAACUGCACUACGCUCACAGCUGGACCUAAAAGAAAACAGGAUUAAAGAGUUAGAGGCAGAAUUGGCCAUGAUGAAUAACUGCGUGGCUCCAAGAAAGGAGUACCGAGUGUUUGAUCGAGAAAAGGAGCCCUCUCCAAGGCUCAUGGCGGCUAAGCAGUCCUUAGCAACACUGACCAAGGAUGUCCCCAAAAGACACUCACUAGCCAUGCCUCCAGAGACUGUACUUAAUGGCAACCAGGAGUGGGUAAUACAGGCUGACUUGCCGCUUACUGCAGCUAUCCGCCAGAGCCAGCAAACGCUGUAUCAUGGACAUCCACCUCAUCCUGGAGAAAGACAAGCUGUGAGGGUGAGUCCAUGCCAUUCUCGGCAGCCCUCCAUCAUAUCAGACGCCUCCGCCAUCGAGGGGGACCGGUCUUCGACGCCCAGUGACAUCAACUCACCGAGACAUCGGACGCACUCUCUCUGCAAUUCCUUGGAGGAUCUGGAGGACCAGAAGCGAAAGAAAAAAAAGGAGAAGAUGGGCUUGGGUUCCUUGUCUCGGGUGUUUGCCAGAGGAAAGCAGCGCAAGUCCUUGGACCCUGGCCUUUUUGAUGAUUCAGCCAAUGGCGCACAUCCUGCUCGCCUGAGCCAGUCGGAAGAGGAUGACCAGCUGGAUCUCCUGCAACAGGUGGAGCUGGCCAGGACCACCUUGAUGUCCCAGUGGAAAGCGAGAACUGUGCAGGCCUGGCUUGAGGUGAUCAUGGCGAUGCCCAUGUAUGUGCGUUCCUGUGCCAAGAACAUCAAGAGUGGAAAGGUGCUGCUUGGGCUCACCGAUGAGGACCUGGAGUUCGGUCUUGGCAUCUGCAACACCCUGCACCGGCGGAAACUGCAGCUGGCCAUCGAGGACUACCAGCAUGCGGAGAGCAGCCAAAGGUUGUCCAAUGCAGCAGAUCUGGAUCACCACUGGGUGGCUAAAGCGUGGCUCAGUGACAUUGGUCUGCCCCAGUACUCACAAAGCUUCCUGAAGCACCUGGUGGAUGGCCGAGUCCUUGGCUCACUGACCCGCCGGGACCUCGAGAAGCACUUGAGCAUCACCAAGAAAUUCCACCAGGUCAGCAUCCUCCUGGGAGUCGAGCUGCUCAGCCAGGCGCACUGUGACAAGGAGGUGCUGAUUGAGAGGCGGAGCCAAUGUGAAAAUGUCAAUCUCGAUCCCAUUGUCUGGACGAACCAGCGCAUGAUGAAGUGGAUCAGAGACAUAGACCUCAAGGAGUACGCUGAUAAUCUGGAGUUCAGCGGUGUGCACGGUGCAGUGCUGGUGCUGGAGCCCACAUUCAACACUGAGGCCUUGGCGUCCGCCCUUCACAUUCCCAGCCAUCGGCAUAUCCUCCGUAGACACCUCCAUGAGGAGUUGAAGGUGCUCAUCACAUCCAACAGAGAAAGCUUCCCACCAGACCAGGACAGACAAGGCUUGGGUGGGCCCACCGCUUGGCCAGGAGUCAGACAUACAGAGGAAGAGCAGGCCGUAAAGUGCAGAGAAGGGAAGCCACCUGUAGAACGUUCAUCCAGAGUGUUCACAGACAAAGACCUCGAGUUUCAUGGGAAUCGCAGCUCGCUGCCGCAUGACAGCAAUAAUGGCAAGACGGGCAGACCACAUGGGAGCACCGUGGAUAGCCUUGCCAGUUCACGGGUUACUAAUGUUUGAUGUGUCACUUCAGACAUCUCUGCAAUUCACACUGGGAUAUGGAGGAGCAGACAGUUAACAGGCCACAGGUUUGUUCCUAACUGCUGCUGCUGCUCCCAGGAGAGUGCGGGACAUCCAAGUGAGCUCCUGUCAGCCAGCACAGUGCAGUGCACACAUGUGUGAAGAGUAACGGCUCUGUAGGGCUGAACAGGGGGCUCGACUGGCGCUGCCCACCGCAGAAAGAGAAGUCCUGCUCCUGCAACAGAGUUCACUUCAUAUAAAAGAGACCCCAGCCCACCAACACAUCCAUCCUACUGUAAAGCAACAAAUGAGCAUCUAAUGGCUUCUUUUGGAUAGAAUGUGGAACUUAACAUUAAUUUAAUUUCAAGAACUGUUUUUUCAAUCAUUGCAUGAAGGGUGCUAUAUAUAAGAAAGAGUAUUCUGUUCACUGAUGUUAGACAUUCCAUAGGAACGAGCUAAUAAAAACGCUUAGUCUUCAAA